AUGCGUUCUCCGCAUGGGUGCUCAAACUGUCGCCGAAGCAAGGUCAAGUGCGAUGAGCAAAAGCCAACUUGUACCAGGUGCUGGAAAAAAGACCUACAAUGUUCAAGCCCGGUGCAACUGAGAUGGGAAUCUGCCUACUGUGAUCGUGGAGUCGCCUUUGGUAGAUCUGGGGUCUGGGGGAAAAGCCCCCCAAAGAAGGGUCAGGGUCAGGGGCAGGGGCAGAAAGAUUCCUUCCCCAAGGACACUACAUGGCUUGCGACUCCGGCCAUCCAACCGUGGUCUUUUGUCAACAGCGACACGCCGUUUAUCCAGAGGCUUUUGGAGGAAGAAGACGACCAUGCCAAGCGGCAUCUCCUGCCGGCCUUUGAUGCGAAGGUGGCUAUUGGAGAGCAGGGUCGUGGGUUGAUAUCAUCUCCUCGGUCAAUAGACAUCGACAAAGGGUUUACCACCUUACCAUCAUCUCCUGGCCUAUUUCCGUCGCUGGAUGUGGUAGGAAAUCGACUGCUGUUCGACUACUAUAUCAAUCAAAUAUGCCCACGGACGGGACACGGUCCGAUGUCGCAAUCACCGUUUGCAUCAGUGAUUCUUCCUUACUGCAUAUCAGCUCCACCCACAGUGCUGCGAGCAAUCCAGGCGCUGGCUGCCUGUCAUUGGUCUCAGUACGACCAGCAAUAUACGAACAUCAGCCUACGCCUAAAGUCCCGUGUUCUAGUAGACUUUCGAAAGCAAAUCAGUUCUAACCGAAAGGCUCUGGUUUCCAAAGACCCGGAACUCUUGGUGAUUGCAAUGUUUUUGUGUCUCUUCGAUAUUGUCGAUCACUGCGAUCAACAGUGGAUUGUUCACCUGCAAGGGGCGAAGGAUAUCAUUCGACUUCGAAAGAAACAACAGCUCUUGAUUGAUAGCAGUGAAAGCACACAGCAGGAUGAAGUAUCUUCAUUUGUGGAACUUUUCUUUGCGUUCCAGGAUGUAAUGGGCCGGACUGCCUGUGCGAAAGCGGACCUUUUCGGAUCGAGCUAUUGGCGUCAAGACGACAUGAAAAUCAAUCCGUGGAUGGGAUGCAGUCCGGCUCUUGUCUCCAUAUUAUUUUCAGUCAUGGACCUCAGUCGGUCACGGAGGGACAUGGUCUCGGACGAGGACCAGAUGACCUUUAGUAUUAGGGCCAACGCGUUGAACAAUAAGCUCACACGCCUCCAGCAAGAUAAUUGUGACCGUGGACAAGACCAGACGAUUCAACGGGUCGCCGAGCUGAAGAAACUUGCUUGUAUUGUCUUUUUAAAUUGCGCAUUAUUCGGGGGACGGCCAUCAGAUCCUGUGAUCAAGAGUUACAUACACAAGACGCUGCAGGAGAUCGUUGAGCUGCUAGAUUUGGAACCCUCUUGCCACGUUAUCUGGCCUCUUUUCGUCGCGGCAGUAGAGCUAGAUCCGCUUGAUGUUGACCUGCGCUUACGUCCAGAUGCUCCAUCCAUGGACGGAAGAAGGCUUAUCUUUGAAUUGCUCGAGAAGAUGGCCAAAAGCAGUGUUUCCAGUGUGUCUAGGACUCGGGUGGUUAUCGAGCAGGUCUGGAAAGCGCGGGACUUCAGUUUAUCAAAUUCCAGUGAACCGAAGAGGCCUUCUAUCUCUGAAGCAAAUGACUGGGAGCAGUAUGUUGUGCCGAUCAGCAAUGCUCUGAGUUUGGUAUAG